UAAACUCCUUAUCUUGGCUUACCCUUAUCCUUUACAAACUAUCCCAACAUCCAUUUAUCAAUCCUGCAGAAGAGAGCCUGCAGAACAAGAUGCCUGUUACUGCCAUCACCUCGUUCGAACAAUUCAAAGAACUCAUUUACGCCGAUAAGCCUAUUAUAAUCGACUUCUGGGCAACAUGGUGUGGACCUUGCCGAGCUAUUUCACCCAUCUUCGAGAAGAUGUCGGAUAGUCCCGAGGUUGGCGAUGUCGGAUUCUACAAAGUUGAUGUCGAUGAACAUGAGCAGAUUUCUCAAGAGGUCGGCAUCCGUGCAAUGCCAACAUUUGUUCUCUUUAAAAACGGGGACAAGGUUGGUGAAGUUAUGGGAGCCGAUCCAAGUCGUCUGGUAGCCCUUGUUCACGAGGCACACACUCUAUAGAGCAUGAGAGAAUAGAGACAGGUUUGCUUCUAUUACCGUGUGGGGCUUCUUAGGGACGAAGAGAGUGGAAGCGCAUGUUUU